AUGCGCAAAGUAUAUGGUGAGUAUGCAGAGAGAAUUAUACUUCACACUCCCACUCGGCUGACCUUCGCCGCAGGUAUGCCUGUGCGAUCAGAUAGCAUCAGCCGCGCAUUCAGAUUCGCCGACGUUGCGAUACACAGUGCAGAUGCUGGCAGUGAGAGCGAAGUCUUUCUUCGCACAAUACAAAUCGUUCGCAAUGACCUUGAAAUGGUUGAGCGGCUACUGGGUAUCAACUCGGUGCAGGCAACACUCGCCUAUUUGCCUGAGAGACAUCCUUGGAUCAGAACUGCCGUUGACAGCACAACCUCUGCUCUGGAUGAGAUUGGUACCUGGGUGGAACACAUGUCAAACCAGCGACAUACUAAAGCGCUGCAUCACUCACACCAGCUCCGAUACAUUCUUGCAGACAGUGAACGAAUAGCAAACCGUAAAACAGAACUGACGGCUUGCCAUCGACAGCUGUCCAACGUGUUGAGUUUUCUUAAUCGCCUCGACGACCUGUCGACACAAAGAGAGCCGCCAGCAUACCGAAACAGUAUCGGAUAUGAUGACCAUAAGAUGGUUCCUCAAAAGGACAUCAAGUGGGCUGGUAUGAGCCCCAGCCGCAACAUUGGACAGUCACCUUCCGUCACUCGAUGCUAA